UUUCUUUUGGCCAUAAUUUUAUAUUCUCAAUAAAAUUCCCUGCAAGCUCGGGGAUUCCCAUAUCUGCGCUAACUUCAGAGUUCACUGGAUUUUGGUCAAUUUCAUCCUGAAAGUGAGGUUAGAAAGCAAGGAAAAACGUCAACAAAGUACACAGAAUGGAGAGAAAAAUUGUUGUGAAACAAGAAAAACAUUGUCCUGAUUACUACAGUGGGACAUAUGAACAUGAGAAGCAAUCUUUCGACUGCGAGAUGGCGAAGGAAGAGUACGAAAUGGAAGAAUUGACGACGCCAGACUCCAAAACGACAUCAGCAUCGAAGCACUCGAAUCCUUUGAUUGAAGAUGAUGAUAUUGCUAGCUUCAAGAUUAUUAGGCCUGAGCAACACAAAUGUGAGAAUUGUAAUAAGACAUUUUCCACAAAGACCUGCUUAGACAACCACAUGAAGCCGCAGGAUUGUUUCCAAUAUCAAAAAAAUGACGAGGGUAUGCAAAAUGUGCAAAAUGAUGAGACUUAUGAGACAGCUGAGUGCGAGAGCUGCAAUCUUACAUUCAAGAACAAAACUGCUCUCGAAAUGCAUUUGAAAAUUCGGUGUUCAGCGAGCUGUUUAAGCAAAUAUGCUUCCUGCGAUAUUUGCAAAAAAAUAUUCAAAUGCAAAUACUCUCUGGAUACGCAUAGAAAGAGUCAUUUUUACGUACAUUCAGUAUAUUCAUCCAAAGGCUGCCCUAAUUGCAAUAAGAUAAGGAUGAUUAGGGGGGUCGUCAAACAGAAUUGCACUGAAAAGUGCGUUAAGGGGUACUUAGGUUCUAUUCGUACGUGCAGAGUUUGCAAGGUUUUCUUCCGGAGUCGUGAAAGAAAGUCGCAAGCAGAGACAAACACACUUGAUAAGUGCUUCAAAUGUAUUUCUGAAGCGUAGAUUUACGAAGAAAACAU